AUGGAACUCUCCUCUUCUUUCUCUCAAUUACCAAAAGUAUCUGAUAUCUCAUUCUCAUCUUCUUGUUCUCCAUUCCCCCUUCAAAUCAGAUACCUUAAACCCCACCACAAAACCCUACAAAAUCUUGGUGUUUUCGCUGUAGCUGUAGAUCCACAAGAACUCCCUAAAAACAGCCCUCAAAGACUUCUUAAAGAGCUAGCAGAACGCAAGAAAAUCACAUCCCCAAAGAAAAGAAUACCCCCAAAGAGAUUCAUUCUUAAACCCCCACUUGAUGAUAAAAGACUCGCAGAGAGGUUUUUGAAUAGCCCUCAAUUAUCCCUCAAACAAUUUCCAUUAUUGAGUUCCUGUUUACCUUCUUCAAGGCUGAACAAUGCUGAUAAAACUUGGAUUGAUGAGUAUUUAUUAGAAGCCAAGCAAGCUUUAGGUUACCCUUUAGAGCCAAGUGAUAGAUUUGGGGAUGAUAAUCCUGCGAAACAGUUUGAUACUUUAUUGUAUUUAGCAUUUCAGCAUCCAAGUUGCGAAAGGACUAAUGUCAGGCAUGUGAGAUCAGGGCAUUCAAGAUUGUUGUUCUUGGGGCAGUAUGUUUUGGAAUUGGCUUUCGCUGAGUAUUUCUUGCAGAGAUACCCUAGGGAGUCUCCUGCCCCGUUGAGGGAAAGAGUUUAUGGGUUGAUUGGGAAGAGGAAUUUACCUAAAUGGAUUAAAGCUGCCAGUUUGCACAAUUUGAUUUUUCCUUACGAUAAUAUGGACAAGUUACUGAGGAAGGAGCGAGAACCGCCAAUUAAGAUGCUAUGUGAUAGUGAAUCACUUCUCCUUUUGUUGAGGCCAGAGAGCAGACUUGCUCAAGCAGACAAAUUGAAUUCAUUUGCUAGGUCUGUGUUCUGGGCUUUGUUUGGGGCAAUAUACUUGUGUUUUGGCAUGCCAGAAGUAUAUCGUGUUCUUUUCGAAGUGUUUGAGAUGGACCCAGAAGCAGAGGAUUGCCAACCAAAAUUAAGGAGGCAAUUUGAAGAUGUAGACUAUGUUUCUGUUGAAUUUGAAGGCAAGCAGCUCAGUUGGCAAGAUGUUGCUGGUUAUAAGGCAAGCUCUCAUUUUCCCCCUGAAGAUGCUCUCUUUGCACACCCAAGGCUUUUCAGGGCUUGUGUCCCACCGGGCAUGCACCGAUUCCGAGGAAAUAUAUGGGAUUAUGAAAGCAGACCCCAUGUUAUGCGAACAUUGGGCUAUCCCUUAGCAAUGAGAGACAGAAUUCCAGACAUUACUGAAGCUAGGAAUAUUGAACUUGGACUUGGGUUACAGCUCUGUUUCUUGCACCCAUCAAACUACAAAUUUGAACAUCCUCGAUUUUGCUAUGAGCGAUUGGAAUAUAUUGGCCAAAAGAUCCAGGAUAUUGUCAUGGCUGAAAGAUUACUGAUGAAGCAUCUAGAUGCUCCUGGAAAGUGGCUGCAGGAGAAGCACCGCCGUGUUCUCAUGAACAAGUUUUGUGGAAGGUACUUGAGAGAGAAGCAUUUCCAUAAACACAUCAUCUAUGCUGACAAGGUUCAAGAUGCAUAUGAGCACAAUAGAAGACUAAGAAAUCCUGCCACAACUGCUGUUAACCACGCUCUUCACGGGCUUUCAUACACUGUCUAUGGGAAACCAGAUGUGAGGCGCCUCAUGUUUGAGGUUUUUGAUUUUGAGCAAACUCAACCUAAACUUGUAUGA